CCGUGCCAGCCUACUGCAACCUUGUGCCAACGACGGGCGUCCAUCCGCUUUCGACGACGACGACGACGACGACGACGACAACGACGACUGACGACGAUAUCUCAUCGCCUCGCCCGCGGCCUCUUUGUCGUCUGCCAUGCGUGCGCCGAACCCUCCCGCUGCAGCACUCUCCAAAUGAGCGUCGCGUCCGCCGCGUCGCCCGAUAGCCCAGUAGCGGGGACCCCGCCACCACCGCCAACUCGAGCCGGCACGCCGCGCCUCAAACAGCAACCGGUCGCUGGCAAUGCCCUCACCUCGACAGCCCCAACAAGCGGCGGCGACCGUCGGUCGAGUCGUCCGCCCCCGAUAGAUCCGCUGUCCGACCGCGCGACGCAGGCUCUGAUCCGGCGCGUGCUCUGCGCCCAGCAAUCUGGCGACAAAGGCCGCGACGCGCAGACUCCCAUCGACGAGCUCCUCCCACCGCUCACGAGCCGCAACGAUGUCGACCUGCAGCUGUAUGCCCUCCUCGCCAUUAUUCUACGGGAGUUCGUGCAGGGCUGGUACGGCAAGAUCACGACCGAUGAGGCCUUUGUCGCCGAGAUUGUUCAUACCAUAGCACACUGCACCAGGGCCUUGGAGCAGAGGCUGCGCAAGCUCGACCUGGAGAGCCUCGUGCUCAACGAGAUACCGGAGGUCAUUGACAAGCACAUAUCGACAUAUCGUGAGUCACACCGUACGGCGGUGCAGCCGCCUCUUGUUGUGGACCCUCGCGAAGCCUUUCAUGCCCUCUGGCCGUUGCCCUUUCUCUCGCCGGUACCACAUUCCGAAGAAUCUUCCGCGACGGUAUCCGAGCAGCUGGAAAACGAGGCAGCGUAUCGACAGCUGCUCGUCCAGGCAGUCCUGGCCGUGCUGCUGCCCACGGAGGAUCUCGAGAACCCGUGCCUCACCGCCCUGGUCGGACAGAUAUUCUCCGAGCUCAUCAUCGGCAACCUCAUUGGCAACAAAACGACACAGCCAUGGCUUCUAUUCGAAUGCAUAUGCACACUCGCCCGCGUAAUAGAGAAGAAGAAGGAGCAGACGGCACAGAGAAUAGUGUCAGGGUCGCACGCACAGAAUGUCGAGGGCUCAACAAAAUGGCGAUACCGCUGGUCCGUCCAAGGCUUCUUCUUGUGGGUUGUACAGCUGGCGUUCAUUUUCAUCACGUCUAUUCGGCUGUUGGCGGGGGCCAUUGCAAUGUCGAAAUCAUUGCCGCCGAGGGGACACAUCGAAGACCCGGAUAGGUCAGGACGGAACCAAGCCACUUCGGACCACCAGCAUCACGAGACGCCCGCGACAGCCAAGGUCCCCGUUCUUGAGUUCAGCGCAUGGCGCUGCGUUGGUAACCUGGUGGAGAUUCAGACGAGGAUGCCUUGGCUGGGCGGCAUCCUGUCGCUCAUGCAACUGGGAGCUACGCGUGGACCUGGCCUCAUCGCGGGCCUAAACAGCACGCUCGACAGGCUACUCUCCCGUCAGAUCCAUAACCUCUUCUCGCCAGCCCGAUUGUCACCCAUUCUCCGCUCCCUCCGCGGCGUCCUCUUCCCCAAUAACGCCCCCGGUACCCCCUCCCUGUUCCCACCAUCUUCUGACGCGGAACUGCGAGCCCUGCGCCGCAGGGCCGCUAGCUCCCUUCUGGCUCUCGUCCCGAGGGGCGUGGCCAGAGUGUACCUCUGCGGACGCCUGGCGUCGUCUUCGUCGUUGUCACCCGCGCACACCGAGCUAUAUGCUGCUACUUCAAGGUCCGAUCCUGGCCCAGCAGAGCACGACGUGGCCGCCGAGGCCAUGGUCGACGAGGUCGAGGGCCUCCUCAUGGUCCUCAGUGAUAGCUACUGUAACAAGCAUCUCCUGUACAGCGCCCUCGAACUCAUCCUCUUGAGACUGAUGCCCGAGCUCAGCGAAAAGGGCGUCAUGGAGCUGUGGGACGAGCGGCUGGGAUAGUUUGGGGGCCAAAGAGCGAACGAAGACAUCCCUCCCCCGUUUGGAGAGAGACACGCAUGGCUAAGAUUUCUAUUGCCUGGAUGACAACGAAAGCGCUGAGAUACCCUGUUCCUUGUACGAAGCCCACAUUUCUCUGUAGAAAAUUUCAAAAUCCGGUUUCGCG